UUCACACCACACGACGGACGGAGCUCACGAGCUCGCGCUCGCACAUGCUCAGUGGCGGCAGAUGCUCGGUUUGUUGGCCCCUCCCCGGUUUGCGCGAGACACACAGCAGAAGAGGACCGUCCAUCGCGUCGCGCGAGUGGAACGCGGGACACCUGAGCGCGUCACGCUGGCCAGAAAUCAUAUCUCUAUAAUGAACGGCUAUGGCACGCGCCCGCGUUGCCUGUGGGCGCGGGACUGUCGCGCGCGUGCCCCUGCAGCCGCUGCCCGGUGCGUCCUGGGAAACCUCAGACUUGAGGAGAACGACUGAGGGGAGUCCCUUUUCUCACCGCAGUCCCGCCGCUGUUGUUGAUACCAGGCAUCCCGUGGCAGCGUACAGCACAGGUCUACCUGAAAAGUUGCAAAAUAAAGACAGAAAAAUAACCCGUAAGCUAACUGCAAGACUUUAACUGCAUCACUUCAGUAUCCUGCCUAAUGAACAGUGGAAAUGGAAACUGGGCACGAGACGGCAUGUUCUCCUCGGUGAAGGCCUUUGAGGGCCAGCACUACUCCUCGCUGAAGAAGCGAUGCCUGCAGAGGGGGAUGCUAUUUGAAGACCCCUGCUUCCCUGCUAUUGACGAAUCCUUGUUCUACCACGGCAACCGUAUCGGACGGGUGCACUGGAAGAGGCCUCAGGAGCUGUGCGAUGACCCCCACCUAUUUGUAGAUGGCAUCAGUGCCCAUGACCUGCACCAGGGACAGCUAGGAAACUGCUGGUUCGUGGCUGCCUGCUCCAGCUUGGCCUCCAGGGAGUCACUAUGGCAGAAAGUCAUUCCUGACUGGAAAGAACAGGAGUGGGACCCUGAGAAGCCUGAGACUUACGCUGGGAUCUUCCAUUUUCGCUUCUGGCGUUUUGGAGAAUGGGUAGAUGUGGUGAUUGAUGAUCGACUGCCCACUGUGGACAACCAGCUUGUCUACUGCCACUCAAAUGACAGCAAUGAGUUCUGGAGUGCCCUAGUGGAGAAGGCUUAUGCCAAGGUGUACGGUUGCUAUGAAGCAUUGGAUGGUGGAAACACAGCUGACGCCCUGGUGGACUUCACGGGAGGUGUGUCAGAGCCCGUGGACUUGGUGGAGGGUCAGUUUGCCCAGGAUGAGGUGGCCCGCAACCAGCUCUUUGAGAGGGUCCUGAAGGUUCACAACCGAGAUGGACUCAUCAGCUGUUCCAUCAGGGCCACCACGGUGGAGGACAUGGAGGCACGCCUGGACUGUGGCCUGGUAAAGGGCCAUGCCUAUGCUGUGACAGAUGUGCGCAAGGCACGUCUGGGACAUGGCCUGCUGGCCUUCUUCAAGUCUGAAAAGCUCAACAUGAUCCGGAUGAGGAACCCCUGGGGGGAGAAGGAGUGGAGUGGGCCCUGGAGUGACAGCUCAGAAGAAUGGAACAAGGUGAGCAAGAGCGAGCGGGAGAAGCUGGGCGUCACUGUCGAAGAUGACGGAGAGUUCUGGAUGAACUUUGAUGACUUCUGUCAGUACUUCACUGACCUAGUCCUAUGUCGUCUUAUCAACACGUCCUACUUGAGUAUCCACAAGACUUGGGAGGAGGAGGUGAUGCGGGGCUCUUGGGUGAAAAGGGAUGAUGCACUAAGGAACCGUGCCGGAGGCUGCAUUAACCAUAAAGUCACCUUCCUGCAGAAUCCCCAGUAUGUCUUCGAUGUGAAGAAAGUGGAGGAUGAAGUUCUAAUCUGCCUGCAGCAGAAGGAACGUUGUGGCCGAAACAAAGAGGGCAAGGGAGAGAACCUGGCCAUCGGCUUCGACAUCCACCGGGUAGAACUUAAUAGGAAAUACCGCAUGCAUUCGACCCAGAAUAAAGUUGGCGGAUCAAUCUACAUCAACUCCCGGUGUGUCUUUCUGCGAAAGGAGCUGAAGGAGGGACGCUACAUUAUCAUCCCUACAACCUUCGACCCUGGCCAACAGGGCGAAUUCCUUCUCCGGGUCUUCACAGAUGUGCCUUCAGAUUGCAAAGAGCUCACCCUGGAUGAACCACCACAGACCUGCUGGACUGGCAUGUGCGGCUACCCCCAAGUUGUGACCCAGGUGCACGUGCUAGGGGCCGAGGGUCUUCAGGGCCCAGAUUCCAAUGGAGCCCUGAACCCAUAUGUGGUGAUCACGUGUGAAGGGGAAAAGGUGCGUUCACCGGUGCACAAGGACACACGCUGUCCUGACUUCGAUGUGAAAGGACUCUUCUACAGGAAGAAGCCGAAGGACGGGAUCCAUAUAGAAAUCUUCAGCAAGAAUGUGAUUGUAGAUUCCUUCCUGGGUCAGAUGACAUUAACCAGUGACCCCAGUGGCCGCCAGGAGCAUCAUACAGUCCACUUGCGGGAUAGGGGCAGUCGCCAGGGCAACGACCUGCCUGGAACGCUCACUGUUAGGCUGAUUACAUGCAAUGAACUGACCAGUAUCUGAGUCACACCCCCUUUCCCACCGCCGCUCCCUCCUUUUGGCACACCUUUGCCACGCCCCCUUGCCCAGGAACAUGAUUUACCAGAUUGCAACAGCCUUUCUAGCUCUCUUUAAACACUUACUUGUAUGUAUUCUGCACGUGUGCCAGUUUGUUUACAAGGGCUACGCAUGACCUCAAGGAGAGCAUCAACUGCUGUGUUUCUGACCAAUUAAGAGAGUGGCUAAGCCUCCAAGCAGUGUAUCCGUCAUGUGGCCUGAGCCCACCCCUUUUUCAUAGACUCCCUAAAUUCAGGUUUAUUCCCUGCUGUCAGUAUGAAGGGAUCCCAUUAACACCAUGGAGCACCUCAGAAGUGGCUUGGUGUUUUUUUUUCUCCCUAGAAGGAAGAGUGCCUCUGAAGCCCCAGGGGUAUUUGUUCCUUUGGAGGAGAGAUUCUUCAGUUCCCCCCCUCUGACACCUUUUCAGAAUGCCCAUGGAUCCCGUGUGCUAGAAGUUGUUCUUAGGUUUUUUAGAUACUGUAGUUUGUAGCUUAGCAACAUAUGUACAUAUCUAUAUGUUACUUUUUUACUUUUUUCUUUUUUGCAUUGUGCUGAACUAGUGCCACCAUUUCAGUGCAUCGUGGGACAGAAGAGAGAGAUUUGAUGCAGGCAGGAGUAGACUUAGCCUUAGGCAUGCUUGACACACAUGCCUGUUAGUAGAAGCUAGUAACAUCACAAUCUGUAGGGAAACAUAAUGUGCCAUAACUGGAGUAAUGUGACCAGGGUCCCACGCUCCACUGGUUCUGGUGUAAAAAUACCAAAAUGCACUGAACUUUCCACAUAAUGUCACUAUUUGACCAUUGCUGAUCUGUGUCUUUUUUAAACCCAUAGCCUUCAAGGAUGUUAAAUGCAUUUUUUCAACUUUUCUUCAAGGUGGUAAUUCACAAAAUGAGGUUACAGGAGUUACCCAGGUAGCUUUCAUAGACAUGUUCACAAAGUCAAGAUUGCUCAGUAGGAAGGAUUUGAACCCUUUUCUAUUAGACAAUCAUAAUUAUUAGCAUGUUUACUUAAUUAUAGGUUGUACAUGUAAGAAACUGUUCGGUGUGAAUGAUUGGCAUCUACUUGAUGUGAUGAGUGGUCCAUUUUUUUCUGGUGUACAGAAAUGCCUUUAAAUUUCAUUUACAUUUAUUUUCUGACCAUUAGAGUCCUUUAAUGGGUGGAUCAUUGUUAAAAUUGAUGCCAUUUGUUUUUAUGCCACCAUGUUUUUUCAUUGGUAAAUCCCUCCCUACAUUUACUCUGGUGCUUCAGAAGGUUUGGUCAGUGGCAGCCUCAUGUCUUACAGAGGAACCACUGAAUGUACAAUGAUAGACAAAGUAUUAGUGUGGCUAACAUGAACCUCUGCAGUACGGAAUAUGAAACCAGGAGAAUGUAUUUCUAACAAAUAUCAAAAUAUACUGCAAAUAUCAGAUUUCAGUGAUUUUAAUAUGUAUGGAGAUGAUAAUCUUCAGUAUUUGUAAAUGAUUCCGCAGAGUACGUAUUGAACUCCACACUAGAAAGGAGAAACAAGUAUAUUUCCAGAACUUUCUGAUUUCAUUGGCCUUCAAGAGAGUAGAUUGAAGAUUUUAUAUAACUAAGAUUUGUAAGAACACCACUGCCUGGGGCCAAACACUAAGGUUUUGUCUUUGACCAUCCAGUCACUGCGUGUGGCUGAGAGUGACAGUCCAUCGCAGUCCAUCUUUCUGUUUGGACUGAAAUGGUGCUAUUCAGGUAGAAUGCCUCAUUUCAACCAGAACACUUCCAGAAAUAAAACCAGUCAUUUCAGGAUUGCAAAGGGUGCCAUGGCACAGAAAACAGUACUGACACACUGAAAUCCAGUCAUGGAGCUAAAUUAGAAGUAUGCCCCACAUUCCUUGACUGUGCUGAAUGUUUAAAACAGGCCAAUGAAAUUUUACACUUUUCUCCACUACCACAAACAGAUAUUUGACUGCAGCAAUUUAGGAUAUUAUAUGCAAGUUUACAGUGGCAAAAUACUAUCUGCAGCCUAUAUUUUGUUUACUGAGGUGGAGGAAAUGUAUCUUUAAUCAGUUAGCUGUAUAUGCUGCCACCAUGACGGAAGUAAGAAAAACAAUGGAUAGAGUAGAAUCAGCUCUCAGAAAUUAAUUGUACGUCUCUGUUGUUCAGCUUCCGCUAGCAACGCUGAUGAUGUCUGGAAAGUUAGAAUGCACUUCUGUCUGACCCAAGUUGCAUGGUAAAACACAUGCAAAUCGCAAUGCAUGUUAACACUCUAUUUAGAGGACACAAAGGCCUUUUUAGCCAAGUACCU